AUGCUCUUCCAAUCUCAUCAUAUGAUAUUCAUUUUUACGUAUAUCACACAAAUUGCUUUAGCACAAAACAACCCAACAAUUCAAUGUAAAGGUGGAUUUACUACAAAUAUGACUGAAGCAAGGUGCGAUGAUAAGGACCUUUCAGAAUAUAUUUGCCCAACAUCCCAGUGUGGAAACAAUGGUCAUCUUUGGGUACAAAUGGUUGGUUGUCUCCACAAUGGAGUGAUUGGAUCUGGAAUAAGCAAUCAACAGUGUUCAAGUUAUCAUUUUGAAAAAGUGAAUGAUUACGGAUGCACAAACCCAGGGGGUGAAUGGUAUUCUUGCCCUUAUAAAAUUGAUAAUGUUCCCUUCAUCACAUGUUCAAACUGCACCAUGCCAAAGGCCACAGGUGUGGGACCUUGA